GUCCAUAAAGACAAUAGACUAUCGUCCAUCUUCCCCGUGCAAUGAUCUAUGUUCACCACAAGAUUCCUUGAUUCCUUGUGAUUUUGUGAUUCACAGUAGUCAUUUUCCAAUUUUAUACACCCAAGAUCUGGAUACUUCAGUUCCGAUUACCAUAAUUAAUUUAUCAGACAAAUUCUCUCGAGGUAAAUCAUAAAUAGGGUCUCUCACCCAGACGUUGUUAUAAAAUUCUUGUCAUUACCAGGGUGACGUUCCAAAUCGCUUGACAAGAAAUGUCAGGGGACACAAAUAUGCACGCCGAGAAGCCCAAAGAAUUCGGUGAGCAGAAUGAUAGUAAAGGAGAUGAGGAUGGCAAAUCACCCAAUGACCUGCAUGCGCAGGAGUCUGGACCCGUUUAUGGAGGUUGCGAGGGGCCUGAUGCGAUGUAUGUGAAACUGGUGAGCAGUGAUGGACAUGAAUUUAUCGUAAAAAGGGAACAUGCUCUCACCAGUGGAACUAUCAAGGCUAUGCUCAGUGGACCCGGUCAGUUUGCUGAAAACGAAGCAAAUGAAGUGAAUUUCAGAGAAAUCCCGUCGCACGUAUUACAGAAGGUCUGCAUGUACUUCACCUACAAAGUACGUUAUACAAAUAGCAGCACUGAAAUACCAGAGUUCCCCAUCGCCCCUGAGAUUGCUCUGGAGCUACUAAUGGCAGGCAACUUCUUGGACUGUUAGAAAAUUCAAAGGGUACCACAAGAAACAACAAAAACAUUGACACAAGAUAGGAAAAAAAAAUGAAAAAACUUCAGUUUGUGAUUGACACAAGCAAUGGUGUAACUUACGAUCAACGGUUUCACGAACUUUUCGACUAGUUCGUCUGUAUAUACUCUCCCUCUUUCCGUUUUUUUUCUCAUUAAGUGCCGAUUAAUCAGUGAUUGGAUGUUUUUUUUUAAUCAUAUUCUGAACAUGAGGGAAUAAUUCGGGAAACACCUUAGGGCAUUGAUGAAACAAUUGAUCUGGUGAUUUAUUCCGUUUAAUUAGUAGAAUUGUACUCCUUCAUCAAUCAUCAGCGCAGUGACAAGAAAGCAAGAACUAAAAUUCUGCAUUCAGAAGGAUACAGAAAUAUUCGGGUGACUUCAUAGGGUGAGAAUUGAUGAAAGGAAACAAAUAAAAAGUUGAAAGAAAAUAAGAAAACAAAAGAUUUGUCAUAUUCUUCGAAAUAAAUCACUUCUCUCCCUCUA